AAUUGUUUUAUUUUCUUGCUGCUUUGCUUACUGUCGCGUGAUAAAGAAGGUGCCAUUCAGCUCCAGCAGCUUCGAGCGUCUUCUAAAUUCGUGUAACGCAGCGGUCAUUAGUUUCAGCCCUAAAAGUUUGUCAAUCUAGCACGUUCUCGACUAUGUCGCUCACGUCUAUCCUUUCCGCUGAUGCCAUCGAGAGUGCUAUCAAGGACUGCCAAGCACCAGAGUCUUUCAAUCACAGGAAGUUCUUCCAAAUCUGUGGUCUAUCUAAGAAAACUCCUGAGGAAGUGAAGAAUGUGUUUGAAAUUAUUGAUGAAGAUGGCAGCGGUUCCAUUGAUGAGGAUGAGCUCAAAUUCUUCUUGCAGAAGUUUUCACCUGGAGCUCGUCUGCUGUCAGAAACUGAGAUCAAGUCCAUACUAACAGCAGCUGAUGAUGAUAGUGAUGGACAAAUUGGAGCGGAUGAAUUCCAGACCCUGGUUUUCUCUUGAUUUUCUUCUGGAUGAUCAGACUGCUGUUGCCUCGUCUCCUCUCACGCAAUUGGACUUUGAUUCAACGCAACAUGCACUUGUUGUGUUCUACCCAAUCAAACUCCUUUGGAAACUUUGGAAACUCCUAGUCAUACCCACAAAAUGAGCAGUUUAUAUUUGACUUUUGAAUAGCUAUAAUGGAGAGUGCAAAUGCAUCUCCCCAAAGGCACAACUAACUCAAAAUAAAUGGUUUUAAGUAAAUAAAUAAAUGGUGAAACAUUCCAA